GUUGUACCGAGUGGAUUCUGCUUAUUAUCAAUGACUUAUCUUCGGUCGUCGCGCUUCAUAACUCAAGUGGUCGGUAGGGUAACAUGUGGAUUUGCUCGUUGGUUUUCCCAAUUUCAUUCUAAUCCGUUGGACACUAAUGCAUUGAAAAUAUACGGAGUACAUUCCUACGAUUCAAAACACUCGGUGGGUCCUAUCUCAAAAGAGUAAUGUAAUCAAGACACAACACGGCAAUGCUAUCUCCAUUCAUCAUUUAUAUAUAUCAGACCUAUCCCUCCUCUCCGUUAUCUCUAUAUCAGUCAAGUUUAUCUUUCCGCCUUUUCACUUGAGAAAGGAGUGAUCAUAUCAAUUGUGAUAAGUUCAUAUCACAAUCAGCCUUAAAGGUCCAUUCAAAGUACGCCACCACGGCCCGAAUGACACCUUACAAGAAAUCAUUAUAUCACGAUUAUUCAAGAGGCUUCUUUAAGCUUCACGGACGUCCAUUCUGUCAAUCUCUGGCACCAACUUGAUCUACCUUUUACAUUCUAUACUUGUAACUUUUUCCAUAUAUAUAAUACCAACCUUUAACCCUCUGCUUUACAACAUCGGCAGAGAAACCCUCCUCAAAUACUUCUACAAAAGACAUAGCAAUCAUGGCCAUUCCAUUCGGUUUCAGUUUCGGCGAGGUCAUUCACGGAGUUGGAAUCCUUAGAAACGCAUUCACAGCAAUCGACGAUUCGAAAAAAGCAAACCCAGUCUUUGGAGAUGUUGCACAAGUCCUAUUCAACCUUCACAAGCGUCUCGACGGGAUCGAGAGAUUUUUGAGUGAUCCAUCAUUUGGAGCUCAACGUGGCUUGAUGAUGCAAGUUAUCAGUGCAUGCCAACACUGUAUAGAAAGAUUUGUGCAUCAAGGAUGCAGGUUAAACGGUAUCACCACCAAGGGAUCUUUAUGGUCUCACGAAGAAUUUUCCAGAAUCAUCGAAAAGAUCGACUGGCUAGCUUGCAGAAAAUGGGAUGUCUCACAGUUCAGAAAGGAGCUUUCGAUCCACGAGGAUGCAGUAUCAAGUCUGCUAUCGACUAUGCUUAGCACCCAUGAGAUGGAGAAGGGCCAACUCACCCGUCAAAUCAACGAUAUCGUAACCACCCAGCACAGAAAGGUCCGUGGGUUCGGCAAUGCAUCACCAAAAGACGUGGCAGCCAGCAAUGAGGUUUUGAAUGCACUCACUGUCAUCAAUCCACUUAUUGGAAGAAGAGAAAUCGAAGCUCGAACGGAUCGUCUCUUGAGUAAAUCAUGCGACUGGAUCCUCAACAACAAGAGUUACAAGUCCAUGAUUGAGAGCGAUCAAUCCGAUUUGCUGUGGGUUCAUGGACAAGCAGGAAAGGGUAAAACCAUGCUUUCUAUGUACCUUGUCGACACACUCUCCAAACAGGUCGCUCAAAACCCUUGUGACCAAAUUGCCUACUUUUUCUGCGACAACAACACCGAUCAAAGAAACUCAACAUUACAUGCACUCAAGACCGUUCUUCAUCAAGUUCUGAAACAAAGUUCUCGAAAUGUGUUGUUGGAAGACUUUAAACGUCAUGGACCUCAAAUGUUUUCCACCAUCGAGGGGGUUUGGACUGCUUUGACACGAGUACUUGAAUCUUCUACCACACGAAACCUUUACCUGAUCAUCGAUGGUCUCGAUGAAUGUACCGAGGAGUCUUUGGAUGGUUUCCUCAAGCUCGCCAGUACAUACAUUGCGUCCAACGUCGACGGACUUUGCAAUGUCAAAUGGAUCUUUACUAGUCGAAACGAAACAAAGAUCGAGGAGUACUUGAAGCUAUCCUGGGUAGUAGACUUGGAAGAGUCUGCCACUGAAAUGAGCAAAGCCGUCGAUACAUUCAUCACUCACAAGGUUGAUAUCUUGGCUACCAAGAAGAGAUUCGAUGCACCAUUGAAACAAUUUGUCGCUGAUAAAUUGAGAGCGAAGGCGGAAGGAAACUUCCUUUUCAUCUCUCUUGCUUGCAAGGAACUCUUGAAGAAAAACGUUUCAUUCAUCAAUGUCAAGCUUGUACUCGGAAAAUUCCCUGCUGGGCUUGAUGCAUUAUAUGCGAGAAUUCUCGAGGGGGUUUUGAAAUUGGGCGAAGAAGAUCAACAAAAGGCCUUUUCAGUCUUCCGUGCAGUCGGAAUCGCUUUCAGACCUCUCAGUCUUCGCGAACUUGCCGUUAUGGCAGCUUUCCCUGCUGCAGCUAUGGAUGAUGAAGAUAUUGUCUUGGAUGCUGUUGAACUAUGUGGAUCAUUCUUAUCACUACACCGCGAUCACCCAUACUUUGUUCACCGCUCCGCAAAGGAGUAUCUUCUCAACCACGAAACAGCCGGUAUCUUCUCCUCAGAUCUCGAGUUUGAACACGAAAAGGCAGCUUUCAGAGCUCUCAAAUACACCACCAGAGAUUGGAAAUAUUACCUCGAAAGUCUCGAGGAUGUUCCUCUCUCUUCAUUGCAAGAUCAGCCUUCCUCGGAAGAUAGUCUUCAAUAUCCUCUCAUCUACUGGAUCAAUCACAGCAACAUCGCCGGAUCCCGCAUGAUGAAAUCUUACGCCCUCGACCGUCAUUUCUUCCGUCGCAACUGCGAUCUCCGCCGCACAUGGCUUCUCUAUUUCAAAAAGCACCGCCACAUGACCAACUUCUCCGCCAUCCAAAAUAUUCAUUUCUCCGCCCUUCACAUUUCAGCUGUAUGCAAUACCUGGUGGGUUGCCGAGAUCCUCCUCAAAAACAGCAGUACCUACAUCGACGUUGAAGAUUCCUUCGGACUCACUGCUCUCCACUGGGCCGUCCAUUGCGGAAACACCUCGGUCGCCAAAAUCCUCCUCCAGAAAGGCGCCGACCCCAACCACAAAGGCGGAAGCACCGAUUACCAAAAUGGACCUCGCGAGGGCACACCCCUUGGUCUUGCCAUCUCCUACAACAACCUCGAAAUGUCGAAAUUACUCCUUGCUCACGGUGCCGAUAUCGACUGUCCAGAUCACCACUGCACUACCCCGCUCGUGUGGACCAUCCGCAAGAAUCUUCCAAAAUCGACAAAGUUCCUGCUGCAGAGGGGCGCGGAUCCCAUCCUCAGAGAUGACGAGGGAAAGACCCCGCUUCAUGAUGCAUGUGCGAGGGGUCAUGAGAAUAUUGCGAAGAUUCUCCUCAAUCAUGGUGCUGCCCCCGAUGCGAAAGAUGAUCGGGAUGUGAGUCCCGCUGGGGAUGCGUGGAACGGUGGACACAAGGGAUGUAUCAAAUUGUUAGAUGCAUAUGGAGUUAAGACUCCAGAGGCGGAUAUGGAAGAGGAUAGUAAAUGGGGAAAAGGGGGAGAUCUACUAGCGGCUUAGACGAGGAGGAUAAAUACAUACACAUGUGCGGGAAAGGAUAAAUAAAAUGCAUCAAAGGAAGUAACGGAUUGGAUGGGAUAUGGAUAGUAAAUAAGGGAAUUGGGUUUUUUGCGAAAGAUACCAUAUAGAAUCGCAUUGCAUUGCGUCCCGGAUUUGGGAUGAAUAUUAUACUGUUAGAUGAUUAGGUUGGCUUUUUGGGACUAGAUUGAAUGAA